AUGUCGGCCUCCAUGCCAAUGGGGGAAGAUCGCAAGAUCAAAAGACCUCGACUGGUAUUGGCUUGUGUUGAAUGCCGCCGCCGGAAACUCAAGUGUGACAAGGCAGAGCCCCAGUGCAAAAAUUGUGAGCGAACGGGGGAGACAUGCGUGUACAAUACUGGAACCCGGGAUGUCAGCACUGGGCGAGUCAUUCGACGAGAAGAUGGAGAGAAUCCUUCUGAGCAGGCGUUGCCUAGGGAAAGAAACCCGUCUGCUAAGGCAGUUGAUUGCUUGUCGUAUGAUCAAACGACACAUGGAUGUUCCCCGGCCCAGGGAUACAUGAGUGUCCAACGGGGAGGGCACCUUCAGUACAUCGGUCAAUCUUUCUGGGGCUUCGUUAACGGUCAUGAGGGUCUAAGCAAAAGAUUCUUUCAUAAUCACGAUAAUCGCCCGUCUGGGAUGCCGCCAGAACAUGUCUCUUCCGUGGAUCUUGCAUUAUGCCUCCAGUCUAUUCCCACGAAACCGGCUAGCGAUGCUUUUCUCAGGUCUUUUCAUAUUUCCGUAAGCCCGAUCUUUCCUUUACUGGAGCAUUCUCAAUUCGAAUUGGAAUACGGAUCGCUCUGGCAAUGCUUUUGGAAUGCCAAUGGGAUCAUUCCCAGCAAGUUGGUAGAGGAUCCCACUUUUAUCUGCCUUUUACUUGCCGUUAUGUACGCUGGGGCAAUCAAUAUACCAGAAGAAGAUUGGCCCUCUGACAUACUCCGGGGUGUGGACCGUACAGCCACAAUCCAAAAGCUCUCGCAGAGCUGCUCGAAGAGUCUAGAUGCGUGUCAUUUCCGUGAACAUCCUACACUGUAUGCUCUGGUCGCUUCAAUUGUACUCUACCAUUUUACCGACCCUGCACCGAUGGAGAAUGCCAUCUUCGUCAGCACAACAGUGCGCCUUGCGCAAAGCAUGGGCCUCCACCAGGAGCUUGAUCUGCCGCAGAUAUCUCAGGAAUUCCGAAGGAACAUCUGGUGGCAUAUUGUUUGGCUAGACGUUCAAAGUAGCCUCAUGACUGGCUUGCCCUCGUGUUUGGGGAAAGGAACUCUAGAUGGCUUGUAUCCAAUUUCCACUGUUAAGGCCCUGCCAAUCCAUUCAGUGAUGCAGGCCAUGAACGAUCAGAGCCCAGAAGGUGGUGAUUCCAAGCCGUCACUGGUCAUGCUGCAUGCCAAAUGUCGUUAUGAGACCGCGAGACUACAACAUUGGAUACUUUGCAGUCAGCAAGAACAAGGACAUCCAACGCAGCGCACCAUUUUUGAGCUGACUGAUGCAACGAAACAACUCCGUCGUCAAAUUGACGAAGUCAUUGCCAAAAUUCCGACAAGAGGACUCCCGGAACAGGGAAUGCUACCAUUUGACUUCGCCAAUGCUACGCCACGAGCGAAAAUUUCUCUGUAUGAAGAUCAUGUGCAACAGCCGAACAUUCUGGGCGCAUGGAUAAGGAUCAUGCUCUCGCUCUUCAAGCUUGAGAUCGUCAUUGUUCUCCAAAAAUCCUUUCUGGGGUCAUCUAACGAACGCUCAUCCGUUAUGGGAUCAUGGCAUAGCAUCGCUCAAUUGUGUCUGAGCUAUUUACAGGUCCUCCAACACCUAUUACGGACACCUGCCUUUCAACCUUACCUCUGGUUCUUCUCGAAGCAACAUACUGCCCAGCAAUGUGCAUUCUUGAUCUUAUAUUUUCUGGGAGAUCAUCCCGAUGCAGCAAAUCAAGACCAGGAGGAGAAACAACUUAUGCUCUUCUGUGUGGAUGAAGUCAUUGAAUUUUGGACAUCCAAAUCUCAAUCGACGACGCCGGGCAUCAAGGUUAUUUUGCAGCUUCGACAGGAACUG